AUGACCCCAAAACUUUGGGGUGGGCUUUUUGUAAAGCCUGUAAGCCUAUUCGAUAUUGCUUAUCCUAUAUGUUUCCGUUGCCAGCGCUCGCUCUCCCUCCGCGCUGUGGCCGCGCGCUCUCCUCGCCGAAGAACAAUUAGCUCACACCGACGGUAUACCUCUACAAAUGUCGCUUGUCUCGCACGAUAUAGAAACGAAUUCGUUCCGGACCGCUUUAAAGAAUUGUACCAGGCUCUCCGUGGCGUGCGCGAUGCUGCGGCGGGACACGUUCAUCCGGCGCGAUUGGACUUGGUGUUGAGGGGAUUAGAGAGCGAGAGGCCUGUUGUCAGGAUUGCUGGUACGUUAAAUUCUAUAUGGAAGACUCGCUCAACAUGGACUAAGGGCUCCUACGAGGGGGGUAGUGCUGGUCCGAGAGCAGAAUGGGAAGAGCAAUUGGAUAGCCACCCGCAGCAUCAUUCGCAAGGGCUGAUAAUACGUUAUGGAGAGCCCUCGGAAACCCCGUUAACAGAUAGUUCCUUGCCGACGAUUUCAAUUCCCUCGAUAAUAUUAGGAAACCACAACAUAGAAAUUUUAAUAUCGUCGAUAUCUACUGGUGCAGCUCACUCUCAACACGAAGACAUCCGCCGCGCCCUGGAGGUGCCGGUAAUAUCCAUUGGCGCAUCUGGCACAGAGAAUCGCACGACACUCGAAUUCCCAGUACAUAAAACUAUAGUCUGUGGAAACGGGGUCGAUGAUUUAUUAAUGUAUACAGAAAUGGCAAAGAGUUCAAAUGGGCAGGAUAUUUCGCCCGUUACUCUAGCAGCAUUUGACUUGAAAGCGGAACCCCAACCGAAGACGAGCAGUAAGCUAUUUUCUUUUAUAAACAUAGAACGGGCGGAACUAGCCCUAAAUAGAUUUCGAGAAUCUGUUCAGAAUGCCACCGAGUACGAACGCGGGUGGUCAGGUAGUGGUGCCCAGAAACUGCUCGAUUGGAUCGCAAUUGAACCACAGGGCUCCUGUCUACGCCAGGAACUACGGACGCUUACAAGUUCUGUCCUUGAAGAUACAGAUAUACGAAUAAAAGAGACUGAAGAAGCUGCUUUGGAAAAAUAUAACACAGAAUCGGUACCGGAUGCCAUUCGAGAAGAGCUGAGUACAGAGGUUUUAUCAUGGGCUGAAAGUUCGCACACGGAGCUUCGUGAAUCACUUGACGAAGCAUUUUCUCACUACAAAUGGCGCGACCUGGCAUGGUGGAAGCUAUUCUGGCGGGUCGAUGAUGUGGGAAUGUUGAGCGCCAGUAUUCUCAACAAGCAAUGGCUGCCUCAGGCUGAGAGAAAUGCCACAUGGCUUGGAGGAAGAUUUCACCAAGCUGGUUUACUGAGCAAAAGUGAUUCACGCGGAAACCCGGUUGCCAAUGAAAUGUUGGAGGGGGAUACUAGCUCUCAACCCAAGUCAGUAACACAAUGGCCUACCGCGAUUCCACAAAUCAGAAACCAACUUCUUCACACAAAAGUGCCGUCACUUCACGCUCUAGCGCAAGGCUUGGUGCUGUAUAGCGUGUCGACCACUACAUUAACAUCCGCGUUAUCGAUUCUAACAUAUAUGGCGACAUCCGCCACCUCUCUGUAUGAAGCAGGUACUGUUGCAGCGAUUGGACUUAUCUAUUCGCUCCGAAGGCAGCAGAAGAAAUGGGAUGCGGCACGCAGUUAUUGGGAGAGCGAAGUUCGAGAGGAUGGACGCCGGGCUCUGAAGGACACCGAAGGCGCAAUGCACGUCUUGUUAAACGAGGGUGGACGCUUGGCAGAGCCAGUUGCUGAUACAGAAACGAGGAAUGAGCUGAAAAGGGCACAAGAAGCAUUGGAUAAUGUCAAAUAG